AUUUGCGCGGCGGAGUAACAUGCAACUUGCGCGUGCCGACUUGCAAUUUGCUUUGCUCCUGCGAACAUCUCAGCAGAAUUUACUUUCGUGAUGGCUCGGGAGUGGCGGUACUGAACCGUCGGCGCAAUGCCGCUAAUGCUGUUCAUGGUUGUGGCUCGCUGGGCUGCGGCUCGCGCGCAGGCUGGCGUCUAUCAUGAGGGUGUCGACUUGCUUCAACGGCGGCUGGACCUGGAACAAACCAACCUAUGCAACUCCCCAAUUGCUCCGGAGGACACCAUCAGGCCCAUUGAGGAGGUCGCGUCCCUCCGCGGAGAGGAUGGCUGGUGCUAUUUUGGCAGUACGGGACUAUGGGCAAGAAAUUGCGGCCUGAGCCGCCGGAGCAAGAAUAUGAUGGUUUUUGUUUUGACCUAUGAGGUGGGUUAUAUCCCCGUUCUCGCUGGCCCCUGGGCCACCGAGAAAGCUCUCUUUUUUGAGGAUGGGCGCAGGAUGACCCUGCGAGAUCAUGAUAUGCCCUUAGACGAUGCCUAUUGCUUCGUGAAUGGCUGGUACAAUCUUCCGCGGGCACAGGUUGUGAAGAAUUUCACUUUUCUGGAAGAGGUGUCGGAAGCAGCUUGCAAAGACUUGGAAAAGAAAGUGCCAAAUUAUCACAGUAUCACACUAUCGGACAUUUACGCAGAGGCCGAUCAAUCUCAAGCAAUUCUGGUGGAGUUGAUGGCGAGCAGUUCUCCUGUGGUGUAUGCGAACCAGACGUUGCUUGACAAUAUGUAUUUUCAUGCUGCAACCAAAUGCGCGCUUGGAGGACGCUUCGGGUUUUGCAUAGCGUGGCCAGGUUGCUGUUGGCUAGGCCAAAGAUUGCAAGCGUUCCUGGCACACAGCGGCAAGCAGGCAAAGAUAGGGCAAUGUGCUGCUCGCGGAGUGCUCCGGAGGCCGAGGAGCUCUCUGUGACAUUGCCAAUUGCGCGGAACGCGGCUGUUUGGUCGGGGGCAAGUUGCGCUACACUGCCCGGGGCGAAUGCCCUCUCAUUGUGUAGGCCAAGGCACGAAGCUGGCUGCGCUGGCAUUUUCGUGGCUGCUUGAGCC